UUGUUAUGUUUGUCACUUCUUUGAGUGAUAUGUUUUCUGUCUCUUUGAGGCCUAUGCCUGCUACUUCUUCAGGUGUUACUUCUGCUGCUCCUUUAGAUAUUAUGCCUGCUAUUUUUUCAGGCACUAUGCCUGUUGUCUCUUUGAAUAUUACACCUGUGGAUGCUGCUUCUUUAGUUGUCACAUCAGCUUUAAAUCUCUUACCAGAUUUGAUGGGUAUAAAG